AUGGAGUCUGAACGACCAGAUAUGAUCGAAAAAGCCAAAGGAUUAAGUUGUCUUGCGCCAGUUGCAUUUCUGGGACAUGUAGAGUGGCCGACACCUAGCGUAUUUGUACUGAGACUGCGUCGGUCUACACGCAGCCUAGCUGCGCAUACGACUCACUCUCCGGCUUGCUCGCUGCGGCUUACACAUCGUGUUACUUAG